AUGACGGACUCAGGACAGAAACACAAACAACCAGACGGGAGUCGGACAGAAUACACAAAACAUAACCAGACGACGGACUCGGACAGAAACACAAACAACCAGACGGAGUCGGACAGAAACACAAACAACCAGACGGAGUCGGACAGAAACACAAACAACCAGACGGAGUCGGACAGAAACACAAACAACCAGACGGAGUCAGACAGAAACACAAACAACCAGACGGAGUCAGACAGAAACACAAACAACCAGACGGAGUCGGACAGAAACACAAACAACCAGACGGAGUCAGACAGAAACACAAACAACCAGACGGAGUCAGACAGAAACACAAACAACCAGACGGAGUCGGACAGAAACACAAACAACCAGACGGAGUCAGACAGAAACACAAACAACCAGACGGAGUCGGACAGAAACACAAACAACCAGACGGAGUCAGACAGAAACACAAACAACCAGACGGAGUCGGACAGAAACACAAACAACCAGACGGAGUCGGACAGAAACACAAACAACCAGACGGACUCGGACAGAAACACAAACAACCAGACGGAGUCGGACAGAAACACAAACAACCAGACGGAGUCAGACAGAAACACAAACAACCAGACGGACUCGGACAGAAACACAAACAACCAGACGGAGUCAGACAGAAACACAAACAACCAGACGGAGUCAGACAGAAACACAAACAACCAGACGGAGUCGGACAGAAACACAAACAACCAGACGGAGUCGGACAGAAACACAAACAACCAGACGGAGUCGGACAGAAACACAAACAACCAGACGGAGUCGGACAGAAACACAAACAACCAGACGGAGUCGGACAGAAACACAAACAACCAGACGGAGUCGGACAGAAACACAAACAACCAGACGGAGUCGGACAGAAACACAAACAACCAGACGGAGUCGGACAGAAACACAAACAACCAGACGGAGUCGGACAGAAACACAAACAACCAGACGGAGUCGGACAGAAACACAAACAACCAGACGGAGUCGGACAGAAACACAAACAACCAGACGGACUCGGACAGAAACACAAACAACCAGACGGAGUCGGACAGAAACACAAACAACCAGACGGAGUCGGACAGAAACACAAACAACCAGACGGAGUCGGACAGAAACACAAACAACCAGACGGAGUCGGACAGAAACACAAACAACCAGACGGAGUCGGACAGAAACACAAACAACCAGACGGAGUCGGACAGAAACACAAACAACCAGACGGACUCAGACAGAAGCACACACGUCAAUGACUCUAGUCAGUAA